AUUCACCUGCAAACAUCCAUUCACUCUGGCAGCGCACCACGACACCACCUCAACCAUUCGUCACCUUCUACUCGACGGCACAACUUCCUGAUCGCAACAACCGAAAGACAACAUCCGUUUUCCCCUCCCUUCCGCUCCACCUCUCCGAGAGACUGGUCUAACAACCGCAUAAUAUCAUGAAUCGGCCAGGGGCAGUUCCCCAAUCUUUGCGCGGCAUGUCUGGGUUCGGAGGACAACAACAACAACCACAACAGUCUGGGCGUGGCGUAGCGAACAGGUUACCGAACGGAAAGCUAGGGGCCGUGAGCGGCGGUUCUGGCUGGGCGUUUGGCUCGGGCAUGCCCAUGGGCGGCAGUCCUGGUGUUCCUCCUGGUUCUGCCAGACAGUUGGGCGGCGGGAACGUCAGCUUCGCGCAAAGUCUAAGCGGGUCACAACCAGCGACCCCGUUGGAUCUGUCGGAGUUUCCCACUUUGUCCAACACGUCGCAGUUGUCAACGGCGAAUCAGGCUUCAAUGUGGUCCACGGGGGCUCGUAACCUCGGAGGAGCAGUUCACCGCGGUCCUUCUACACCGCUUUCGCAGCAAGGGCAACAGGAUGACUUUUUUUCGUCUCGACAACAAUCGGCCCAAGGAGCUUUCAGAUUUGGAAACCAAGGGAACUCGGGGCAAACAUCCCAAACACCCUCUAGCGUUACGGACGACUUCCCUCCGUUGAACAGGAGCGCAAACGGCGAACUAGGCGGCAUGCCAGGCUUGGGAUUCGGAUCUACUCCAUCGAUUCACCCCAAUCGGACAAAUAACGGCUUGUUGAACGCACUAACAGGGAACGCGCGCACCGCAGACGGGCGCUCACCAACUGCUAUUGGACGUCCGCAGGACCAAAGGAGCCCGGUCAACGAGGAAGAAGGACGCCAAAAGCCGCCAGUGUAUCGGGAAGACGGUAUGGCUUCACGCUCUUCGGUGGGCGAUGCCGCUUCGCAAGCAGUUGGUACCAGGAACCCGCUCGGCGCAAUCGGAAACGAUCCUCCGUCUGCUAAGGGCAAGGAAGAGGAGAAGGGCCGUGCCAAUGAAGUCCAAGAUCCAUUGGAGGGCAUGCCCACAAUCGACAAAUUCGGCUUGAAGGGCUUGCGCACCUUGAUGAAUAACUUCCCUGACUACAACUCCCUCAUUAUCGGGAUUGAUCCUUCCAGUUUAGGGUUGGAGUUGAACUCUUCUGAGCUGUAUUCCACCCAAAUCUACUCUGUACUGGACGAUGUCCCUCCCAGGCCGGCUGUGCCAAAGUUCAAGAUACCUGAAUGCUACAUGGUCAAGAAUGUACAACCUAUCGAGGCCAAGAUUCAGAGCUUUAACGAGGAGACCUUGAUGUGGAUUUUCUACAGCUGCCCGGGAGAUAUCAAGCAGCAAUUGGCUGCAGCUGAGCUAACCACGCGGAACUGGAGAUGGCACAAGAAACUUCAAGUGUGGCUCACCAAGGACGAGGUGGGCAACACGGCUCAGCUGAGCCCGGCUCAUGAACGGGGCUACUAUAUCGUGUGGGACACCGUAAACUGGCACAAGGAGCGGCGAGAGUUUACCUUGUAUUAUUGCGAUUUGGAGACCAACCUGGGCGUCCCGAUGCCAGCAAUAGGAGCAUAAGCUUUCAGUCUCAUUGACACGGAAUGCAUGGUGCAUCCGUGCUUUGGGCUAUAGGGAAGAGGUUAGCUCGACACAUCUAGAAUACGCAUCCCUCGCAGGGGCGGACAUAUCUAGCGAGGAUAAACCGGGUAGCUCUUUGAGCGGACCACAUGGCUUAGGAGGUUAUUAGAUGAUCUGAACCUGCCGGAUUCAACUAAGGGUACAGCGCUGUUGAAAGGUUUAUAGCGAAGGGGCUCGUCUCAGAUGAGAUGAGUUAGAGAUCCCAUGGGUUUCGGUCAGCGCAGUUCCAUAGGAAUACCAGCCGUACCGGACAGAUCAUUAUCUGCAUAAUAAUCAUGGUUGGGACAACUUUUGCUUGAUAUCCAGAUUACUUCCAAGCUCCAUCAUUUGUGAUCAAAACAUUUACGUUUCUGGGCAAG